GUAACGUUUGGGGAAUAUGGAGCCACACGGGUGCGUCCACAGCCCGGCGAGCUAUGCUGGGAGAGAAGCGCCUAGCAAGCCGCACAAGAACGCUUACGCCCGCCUCGUGCAGAAGCACCACAGCGGACGCUUCCGUUCCUACCUGAACCACAUCGCCCAGAAGCUGCAGCUGGAGGAGAACCUCUUACAGGACGAUUUGGACCCCGAGUUGGAGGCGUCUCCAAAACGGGCGCCCGCCAGAGAAGCCCCAGUGAAGAAUGGGAUGAAACCAGCCACGGCUCCGCCGGUGGGAUCCUUGCAAUCCAUUCAACCGGACCUCAGGAGCUUCGAGGGCCUGCGUAACAGCAAAAAGGGCAGUUUGGUCAACAGGCAGCAACAGCCCCAUCCGGGAGAUCCUGGUGUCGGGAAGAGGGAGGAGGAAGAGGAGGAGGAGGAGGAGGAGAAAAAAGAGGCAGGUGCAGAAGAUGAGGUCCCUUCUACUCGGCCCGGAGGUCCAUUCGGGUUCUUGAAAACCAGGCCCGUCCCAGGCGGGCAGGAGGCAUUGUCCAGACUGGUGGUUCCACUGCAGAAGGCCUCCACCUCGAACAAGGAGGAGCUCUGGAGAAGUAAGGGCAGCGGCAGCCCUUCGAUGCCCGUGGAUGGAACCGGGGUCUUUCCGCCCGCAGGACAACUGAGUGUGGAGCUGCCUUUGGCGAGCGCUGGCUUCUUAUUGCCUCGGCAGAUGUACGACAAGCGAGGUUCGGUCAGGCCCAGAAACAACUCUGAAUCAACCCGUGGGCCCCCAAAUGUGGACAGGAGACGACAACUUUCUGAGUCCCAGGCUGUCACCGUGAGCAGCUCGGAUUGCAGGAUGAACCUCCGACCCCAAGGAACUCCUAAAGGUAGGAUCCAUGCAGCACAAUAG